AUGGCGGAGACCCCAGCUCUCCGUAAACACAAGAAGUAUGAUUGGAAGGAUUCGAACCUGGCCUUGUUUGGUUCCAAACUAGAACACGACUUGAAAAAAGAAUCAGCGGAACAUGAACCAGCUUGGGAGAAUGCAGGUAAAGAAGUGGGGUUAAAAAUCUGGCGGAUUGUGAAUUUCCAAGUGACAGACUGGCCGGAAGUGGAUUAUGGGAAAUUUUACGAGGGCGACUCCUACAUAAUUCUCGAUACUUACAAGAAAUCCGGAAGCGAAGCACUCUACUACGAUAUUCAUUUUUGGAUCGGACAAUACAGCACUCAGGACGAGUACGGCACGGCAGCCUACAAGACAGUGGAGUUAGCUACAUAUCUGGGAGGUACACCCAUCCAACAUAGGGAGAUCCAAGAACACGAGUCGAAACAGUUCCGCAAGUACUUCGUAUCUAUCACGUACCUGAAAGGCGGUGCUGAUAGCGGUUUCCGGACUGUAAAGGCAGAUGAAUACACUCCCCGUCUUCUUCACUUCCACGGAGAUAGACGCGGCGUCACGGUGAAAGAGAUUCCCAGGGACAAAAAUAAGUUGGAUUCGACAGAUGUUCAUAUACUGGACCUCGGGUUAGAGCUGUACCAAUGGAACGGCAAGAGUAGCAACAAGGACGAGCGAGUCAAGGCGAUGCAGUAUAUAGUGGAUUUAAAAGAACAGCGUUGUGGGAAGGCUGUGUCGGAAGUUCUGGACGAGGAAUUCACCGAGCCGUCACAUAAGUUCUUCACGUACCUUGAUCAGGUAGCUGAAGAUGACGAUGACCAGUCCUAUGAUCCAAAGGAUACCAUUAACGAACUAUACAGGUUAUCUGACGAGAGCGGUUCGAUGUUCUUCAGCCUAGAGAAGACGGGGUCAGUCACACUGAAGGAUUUUGAUGGAAAGGACGUGUUUAUAUUUGAUACAAAAACGGAAGUGUUUGUGUUCAUUGGAAAAGAUACGUCUGCUGAUGAAAGCAAGUUUGCCAUGACGUAUGCACAUACGUACCUGAUGAAAACUGACCAUCCUCUCGUCCCUAUAAGCUGUAUCUUGGAGCAAGCUGUCGACGCUGCCUUCAACUUCACUGCUGCAUUGGCAGCCUAA